AUGGAGAAGCGCAACCUGACGGUGGUGACUGAAUUCAUCCUGAUGGGCAUCACGGAUCAUCCUGAGCUGCAGGUGCCACUGUUUGUGCUGUUCCUACUCAUCUACGUGGUCUCCGUGGUGGGCAACCUGGGCAUGAUCGUCCUCACCACGGUGGAUUCCAGGCUGCAGACCCCGAUGUACUUUUUUCUCAGACAUCUGUCUCUCACUGACCUUGGUUAUUCGACAGCAGUGGGACCCAAGAUGUUGGUCAAUUUUGUGGUGGAUCAAAACACGAUUCCGCGUAACCUCUGUGCUACACAGUUGGCUUUCUUUCUUGCUUUCAUCAUUUGUGAAUCAUUUAUCCUGUCGGCCAUGUCCUACGACCGCUACGUGGCCAUCUGCAAACCCCUGCUCUACACCGUGGUCAUGUCACAGAGGGUGUGUCGACUGUUGGUGGCCAUCCCUUACCUCUACAGUACAUUUCUGUCCCUUCUCAUCACCGUCAAAAUUUUUAAUUUAAACUUCUGUGGCUACAAGGUCGUCAGUCAUUUCUGUGACAGUCUGCCCUUGAUAGCUUUGCUCUGCUCCAACACUCAUGAAAUUGAGAUCAUAAUUUUGAUCUCAGCAGGGUUUAAUUUGGUUUCCUCUCUUGUGGUGGUUCUUUUCUCUUACCUGCUCAUCCUGCUAGCCAUUUUCAAGAUGAACUCUGUGGAAGGCAGGCACAAAGCUCUGUCCACCUGUGGGUCCCACCUGACCGUGGUCAUUGUCUUCUAUGGGACAUUGAUAUUCAUGUAUGUGCAGCCCAAAUCCAGUCACUCCUUUGACACUGAUAAAGUGGCUUCCAUCUUUUACACCCUGGUGAUCCCCAUGUUGAAUCCCUUGAUCUAUAGCCUGAGGAACAAAGAUGUCAAAUCUGCUCUUGACAGGUUGUGGAAAAUCCUGUGA